CUCAGAUGACACGCGUCCACUCCUUAGCGGUCCGGAUUCUUCCCCUCUCUAGCGAUCUUUGCGAUCUAUGAACCCCUACUCGCCUUAGAAUGGAGAUUUCUCAAUCCGGCACCAAAUUGAGCAAUUGAUGGGUCCUUAGAGAUCGUGGAGACGGCAGGAACACAGUGGGAGGGUGCGCGACCGGAUUAUUGCCGGAGAUGGCCGGAAAAUUCAGCGACCCGAGAGUGAACGGCGGAUCGGGCUGGAACUUCGAUCUGGCGUUUCCGACCUCCAAAUGCAGCGAUUCCGGUGGCGCUGAACUCGCAAGGACGUCAGGAACCUUCGGAGAUAGGCUUGGAGGCUUGCCGCUGCGUGUGGUGGCCGGGCUGGAGUGCGCGACCUGUGUGACGGCGGCAGCAACGGGGCUGAUGUUUGGGUGGGAUGGGAUCGUCUUGAGGCCAGGAGGGUGAUGGUGGGUGUCCGGCAGCUCAUCACCGGCCAUGGAAGCCGGAAAUUGGAGAUCGCCGUGGGAGGCGCUUAGAGAGAGAUAGCCCUUGCAAGGAAAGUCCCUAUGAUUCUUCGCUGAUUCUUCGUGUGGAUUUUGAAAUCUACGCCCUUGCCGUAAAUCUUCACGGAAGGAAAGAAAAUCUGCAAGGAAAGUCCUAAUGAUUCUUCGCUGAUUCUUUGCGGAAUCUUUGUGUGGAUUCUGAAAUCUAUGCCGUCUAACUGUGAAGUUGAUGCCCGCCACACUGACACACUGACACAGUUGUUUGUUCAAAACCUGAAGAAGCAAAAACAUCCAUGUUACAGAUGACAUACAUGGCGACCCAUUUUGAUCGGUGGGAGAAAGAUCCUUUCUUUUCUGCAGCCGAAGAUGUCCAGGAAUCUGCAGACAGGUAGAAUUACAAUCAUUUCGUGUUUCAUAUGUUUUGUAAUUUGUUCUUUUAUUGGUUUCUUUUCUUUUCCCGGGCUCUGUUAAUAAUUGGUCAAUUUAUAUGCUGAUAGAAAUGUAAAGAUGGGUGCUUUUGUUGAUUUUCCGGAACUUAUUCAAAAUGGAGAAACAUUUUAUAUCUAUUGCGGAAGAAAACAACCUGCUAAGAAAGAGAUUUAAAGGAAGAAAAUUUGUUGCAGAAGAAAACAACCUGCUAAGAAAGAGUUUUUGUGAUCCUUCCUAUUUUCUAUGAUUCAGAGUCGUAUCCUUCCAAUUGAAGCAAAACAAUUGUCUCCGUUUAUUGGAAUCUCUGAUCAGCUUUCAAUUGGUAAUCUUUACUUAAUUUAGUUUUCUCAAAUUGUUAGGAUUUAUAUUUGGCAAAUAUUGGGCAGUCGGAAAAAGAGUCUAGCAAAUCAUGAACAGAUUCGUUUCAAAUUUAUUUUUUUAUAUUCCUAAGUUCAUGUUAACCUAUGCCAAAUAUGCAUUUUCCCAAAUUUAUAUGAAUUUUGUCCCCUAAAUUAGCAUGCAAUUCCAUAAUUUGGAGGAUUCAUAUGUUUCCAAGAUUGAUAACUGUUUCUUUAUUUAAAUCGUUAAUUUAUAAAUAUUCUUAUUGGAACACAUAAUUCUUCGUUUUAUGCUAUCAUAUAAUACCCUUCACAAGUAUGCAUAUACGUGUUCUAAUAAUUCAGUGAAAUUUACUUCUUAUAUUCUUUUACUGUUCUUUGUGAAAGUUGUGGGAUCAGUUUAUAUGCCUUCUAGAGGAAUUUUGAGGCUUACACUAAAUGAGCUUUCAACUACUCUUAAACUUUGCAGACGCUUCCUUUGCUCCCUAUUAGAAGGAACCUUUUAUUUACUUUGUAGGCGGAGCUGUUGAUGAAAAUGAUCUGAUUUUAGCAAGUAUUCAAAUUAUUUUUUUAAUAUGUUUGAAGAAGUUGAUAGAUUUGCCUUUUUAAUAUCGUUAACAGAAGCCCCUCAUGCAGCGUAGCCAGCGAGUAAUGUGAUAAAGCUUUUACUAGGUUGUAAUGAUGAUUGGGCUAUAACUUUGAUAUAGCAAAUAAGCAGUGGAUCUGUCCAUUGCACAUCAUAGGGACUUCAUGGGGGUAAUG